AUGGACCGCGAUUACCACUUUUACAAAAAAGAAAGAUUAUUUUGUCAGAAAGUAAUCAUUCAAUAUGUAUUAGACUUGGAUAUUCGAGGGCUUCCGCCUUGGAUCGCUAAUGUGGCUGCCACGGCUGAUAAUAUCCUCGGACAGGCACUACAGGUAGCCCGUGCCGACCAGGAAGAGGCAGGCCAUGGACAUCCCAGCCAGCGCCCCAACGGUGCCCAUCUACUCCUGUCUAGGCUAACAUUUGGAGCCAGCCCACAAGAUCUUAUCCAAAACAGGCGCCCAACGCUGCCGCUGACGCCGCCUGGCUCUCUCAAGCAGAGCAACUCUAGGCCCGGGUAG